AUGACAUUUUUAUUUAAGAUUCUCAAAGUUUUAAAAACACAAAAACAAAAAAACGCCCUUUUGUCUGGGUUCAUUUUUUCAAACGAAAAGAUAUGCGAACUUAUGUACGAAUCAAGCAAGUUGAAGGAGACCCUUGCAAAACUUAUACAGCACAGCGUUCAAAUUGUUGCUAGCUCAUGA